AGACCUAAAGAGAAUACUUCCCAAUUCCAUUCUCUACUUAGAUCGCCGUCGCGUUUAACCCAUUUCCCACAUUAAGCCCCCCGAUCUCAAUCCGACCUGUCGCCCAGUCGCCCACACUCCACGCCCACAAGCUAUGGCCGGUACUUCUCCGACUAGACGCUCUUCUCGUGCGCGAACAACCCAAUCACAAUCACAUAAUAGCUCGAGUGCGUCCAGUGCAUCUGGCCGUGUCGAGCGAAGCACGAGAGCCUUCACUAAAACUGGUUCACCCCAAAAGUCGACUGGUAGUGGAUCUUUAUCUUCAGAACCCCCCGAGGAUUCAACAAUUAUAACGAACGACGACCCCAUCCUCCGUCGGCGGAGUACGCGCGGGAAAGAAGACGACCGAGAAAAGCAAUCCAAGAUAGAAUUAUCCGAUAUGGCAUCUGCUGGCGACGAGGUUCAAGAGGAUGACGAGGCCGUACGUUGCAUCUGCGGUCAUGAUGAAUACCCAGGGCCACCGCCCUUCGACGAGAACUCGAAGCAUGAUCCAAGAGACACAAUUGACCAUGACCGCAUUUUCGCUAUCGAAGUUACGGACGACAUGGCUGGCUUUUAUGUACAAUGCGAGUUCUGCAAUACAUGGCAGCAUGGUGCUUGUGUCGGUUUUGCCGAAGAGUCCAAUCUCGAAGAUGUCCAGUACUUUUGCGAAAGAUGCCGAAAAGAUUUACAUAAGAUAUUUACAGCAAGCAAUGGGCAAAAAUACUCGAUAUUUCUUCCCAUCCACCGACCCUCACGAGCUGUUUCACGAGCCACCUCCACAGCUAAAGAUGCUGCGCAUACAUCGAAGCGGCGUUCUACUAUGAACAGUCGAGAUGCUGCUUACGAUGAAGAGGAGCAACUACGCCGAGCAAUUGAAGCAAGCAAGGAAGAUGCGAUUCCCGAAACCACAGAACCUCCGUCAAGACGUCCCAAGCGAAGUAGAGAUGAUAGUGAAGAGAAGGUCGAGGGUAUUAAACGACAGCGAACAACUUCCAAAUCUCCUUCCCCAAAAAUUGAAAGGCUUCAAUCCGCCCCCCCUGAAGAGUCGGAGGAUGAACUAGCAAUCCGAAACGGUUCGUCAAAAAAGUCUCGGAACGCAGCAAGGAAUCAGCGCGAAAAGGCCGAAAGAGACGAACGCCGUGAAGAGCAAGAGCGGAGACGAGUCGAGGCCGCCAAUAAGCGAAAAGGCCGAGCUGAACGUCGGCGAGCUGAUGACUCCGACCCCUCGGAAGAAAUGCCUCUGGCAGUUCGCGCAGCAGUAAAUAGGGCAACAGAAUCCGCGCAACCUCCAGAUCCUCCGAUUUCAUCACAGCCCCCUCCCGAUACGCCUCCUGCGGUCCCGGUUCCCACAAAUUCCCAUAAGAAAAAGGCAACCAACCAGAAAAAGAAAGGCAGGAAUCAAUAUACUAAAGACCGCGAUAAUCGUGAUCAUGACGAAUCACCGGCGAGGUCGGUGUCGCGCGAUAUUACAAGAAAUGCCGACGAGAACGGCACAUCACAUACAAAAUCGAAUCACGAGCCUGCCGGCAAGCAGGGCAAAUCAAAGGGGGGCAUGAAUUCGAGGAUUACUAUGACAGAUAUGAAGAGGCGCGCCAAUAACAUUUUAGAAUACAUCACAAGAACGCAGGUCGAGCUCGCAAGCGAGCCGUUAUCAGACUCGGGAGCUGGUACACAACAGAACAGUGCGAGCAACGGAUCCGUCACCACAAUACCUUCAAUUAAGGUGAACGGCGACAGCAGAAAACACGAAAAUGUCGGUAUAACUACGAACGGGUCGGUAGCCAAUGGAGUCAACCAUGGUCUCUCCUCGCUAAAGGAAUUCAAGGAUAUGUCUUGUAUCGAGAUGAUGGACAUAUUGACACGGGAUUUGGUCAAGUGGCAGCAAGAGUUUACGCCCUAAAGUUAUUGACGGCUUCAUUUAACAGUCAACUUGGCGUUCAAGGGUUAGCUUCCAGGUACAUUAGGUAGGCUUAUAUCUGCAUUGCUCGGCGUUGUUUUGCGCAAAUGGGAAACCAAGGCGUUCUUUUCAGAGGGUUAAAAGGAGGUUUAUCAAUGGUGUUCUACUUCUACUUUUCUAGCUGUACUAUCAAAACUUCAAAUGGGUUGAUCGGGAGAGUCGGGGGCUCUGAGGAACUUGGGACAAGGUCUCAGGACACGGAGC